AUGGCUGAGGACGAGCAGUCCCGGAGCCGACGAGAUCGGAGCAACGAGCUUGGUGUGCUACGCAAGCUAUGGCAAAUCUACGCCGAGACCGUACUGCCACUGGAGCAAAAGUCGUUUUACGAGCACUUUUGUGCCCCACCCAUUUCGUUGGAAGAGUUCGAAGCACGCCCUCAGGUGCUUCUUCUCGGCCAGUACAGCACCGGGAAAACAUCCAUGGUGAAGUGGCUGACCGAGUCCGAAAGUAACUACUUUGACGUGCGGCCGCAGCCCAGCACCGAUAAGUUUAUGGCAGUGGUCCACGGCGAUGAGGAAGGCAUUAUCCACGGCAACGCUGCUGCCUGCCUUCCCCAGUUACCUUACCAGGGUUUGUCCAAAUUCGGCACGGACUUCCUUGGCAGCUUCCAGGCCCUCGUGCUCCCAUCGGAGAUCCUGCGGGACAUCACCUUCAUUGACACUCCUGGAGUUCUUUCUGGCAGCAAGCAGCGCAUCGGUCGGGACUACGACUUUGCGAAGAUCAGUGCCUGGAUGGCAGACCGAGCCGAUCUGGUGCUCCUCACGUUCGACGCCCACAAGCUGGACAUCUCCGACGAAUUUCAGCAAGUCAUGGAGGUCUUGCGGCCCCAUGCCGGCAAGGUGCGAUGCGUGCUCAACAAGGCGGACCAGAUCGAUGCAUCCAAUCUGGUCAGGGUCUACGGGGCGCUCCUGUGGAAUGUUGGGAAGGUGUUUCAGACACCCGAAGUCGCGCGCGUCUUUGUCAGUUCCUUCUGGAACGAGCCGUACCGUUUCCAGGAUCACUUGACCCUCUUUGAGGAGGACAAAGCUGCGGUGGUGAAGGAGCUGCAGUCGCUUCCGCAUACAGCAUUGCUGCGGAAGAUCAACAACCUCACAGCCCGUGUGCGCAGAGUCAGAACUCACGUCAUCGUUGUCGGGUACCUGCGUUCGAGGAUUCCUCUUCACCUCCGUGCGCUGGGGGCCGACGGGCCGAUCCGACACUUCCUCUGCUCCAACCUGGAGUCUUUGCUGAGCGAGGCGCAGCGGGUCCACAGCUUGAGCACCGGAGACAUGCCGAAACUCGAGGUGCUGCGGCGAAAGCUUCAGGACUUCGAGCAAGGCUUGUUGCACCUGCCCGUGCCUGCCACGGGAGAUGUGCGCCGACUGGACGCCGUGCUGGAGAAGGAGGUGCCUCAGCUUCUCUCCGGAGUGGGCGGCGUCUCCCUCUCCAAGGAGAGCCUCAAGGCGCCGCUGCCCUCGCCGGGCUGCUCCUCCUUGGCGUCCUUCCUGGGCUUCGGCAACCGGAAACGCAAGAGGGAAGAUGCCUGA